AUGGUCGCGGUUAUGAAGGAGCGCAGCGGGCUGCGCGCCGGGCGAGCGGGGAACGUGGCGGACGACGCCAGCUGGCAGCGGGCAGGGGCGCGCCUGUUGCCACGUGGUGUUGAGGGGGCGGACAGCGCUGUGAACAGUCUACACGUGUCUCUAACUGUUCCGACGAAUGCAGUUGCUGUUUGCUUGAAGCUGCCGCCGGAACUACUAGGAGUAAGGUCGCGCUCCAAGGACAUGUCGACCUCGGCCGGUGCUCCGGCUCUAGGUCCUGCGGGAGAGGGGGAGGGGGAAGUGGUCGCGGGGGUGCGGGGCGAGAAGGAACUAAUCGCGCCGCUGCGAGGGGGGGGAGGGGACAUCCGACUGCUCGCUCGUCGCAUGCGAAGCGCCGGCAUCAGGAGGCAGGAGGCAGGAGUGUCGGAGGGGCGGAUGAAGAAGCCCUGCGGGGCUAACCCCGUGGAGGACUCUGUCUGCGGCGGGAAUCUCGCCUCGGGGCGCAUGGACAUGAGCCACGCCUCGGGGCGCAUGGACAUGAGCGACGCCUCGGGGCGCAUGGACAUGAGCCACGCCUGGGGGCGCAUGGACAUGAGCCACGCCUCUGCCAUCACUGCUACAGGGGGCGCUGCUGUGUAUGUGUAUCCUAUCCCCUGUGACUCGCAAGUCAUCGCGAUGAGCGAGGCUCAGGAGAGCGAGGCUCAGGAAAGUGAGGCUCAGGAGAGAGAGGCUCAGGAGAGAGAGGCUCAGGAGAGCGAGGCUCAGGAGAGCGAGACUCAGGAGAGCGAGGCUCAGGGGGUUAAUGCUCAGGAGAGAGGCUCCGGAGAGAGGCUCAGAAGAGAGGCUCAGGAGAGAGGCUCAGAAGAGCGAGGCUCAGAGAGAGGCUCAGGAGAGAGGCUCAGGAGAGAGGCUCAGGAGAGCGUGGCUCAGGAGAGCGAGGCUCAGGGGGUUAAUGCUCAGGAGAGCGAGGCUCAGGAGAGAGGCUCAGGAGAGAGGCUCAGGAGAGAGUGGCUCAGGAGAGCGAGGCUCAGGAGAGCGAGACUCAGGAGAGCGAGGCUCAGGGGGUUAAUGCUCAGGAGAGAGGCUCAGGAGAAAGGCUCAAGAGAGGCUCAGGAGAGAGAGGCUCAGGAGAGAGGCUCAGGAGAAAGGCUCAGGAGAGAGGCUCAGGAGAGAGAGGCUCAGGAGAGAGAGGCUCAGGAGAGCGAGGCUCAGGGGAGCGAGGCUCAGGAGAGCGAGGCUCAGGAAAGUGAGGCUCAGGAGAGAGAGGCUCAGGAGAGAGAGGCUCAGGAGAGCGAGGCUCAGGAGAGCGAGACUCAGGAGAGCGACGCUCAGGGGGUUAAUGCUCAGGAGAGAGGCUCCGGAGAGAGGCUCAGAAGAGAGGCUCAGGAGAGAGGCUCAGAAGAGAGGCUCAGAAGAGCGAGGCUCAGAGAGUGGCUCAGGAGAGCGGGGCUCAGUAGCAUCGUGGUUCCCGGCCACACGGGGUCAGACAGACGGCCAGCGCACGUGCUGGGAAUAUCGGUCAAGAGGGGAGAAAUAUCGCGCUGGCACAUGUCCAGGGUUAUGUUCGUCAUGUAA